AUGUCCAUUGCCACAUCCACUCAACAUGUUCAAGAUUUUAGGAGAAUUCCACUACUCAGAAGAUUUCUUCUGUAUACACCAUAUGUUCAAACACAACCAAGCCCUGAAAACCCCCACAAUUCUUCAGACACCACUGCCGAUAACAACAGCUUCAAUGGAAUCGGAAACAUCGUCAUCACGGUUCUGUCGAUCCUCGUCUGUGCCGUAAUUUGCUCACUUGGACUCAUUUCCAUCAUCAGGUUCGCAUUGAGGUUUCUGAGUUUAUUGGCCUCGGAACCCCGGUUAGCAAACACAGGGGUCAAGCGAAAAGCAUUGAAGACCUUUCCAAAAGUGAGCUACUCGACCGAGUUAAAACUGCCUGGUUUGGACUCUGAGUGUGUGAUAUGCCUUUCGGAUUUCACACCCGGUGACCGCGUGCGGCUUCUACCCAAGUGCAACGAUGGGUUCCAUGUUGGAUAUAUCGACAAGUGCCUGAGGUCUCAUUCAUCCUGCCCUAAAUGCAGGCACUGCCUCAUCGAGACAUGCGAACAGAUUGUUGGGUGUAGCCAGGCAAGUGCUGGCUCAUCGGAACGAGCUCCACCGCCGGAAACCAUGUUGAACUUACCGAUACUAGCUCCUGAAGGUUUCAUAAACAGCUAUAGGUAA